UCUACCAUCGACCUGAGUAUAAGCUUUUGAGGGGGGAUGGGGAUACAAAGAAAAAAACGCAUAGGAAGAGGAGGAAAUUAAAGGUGCCUCUAUAAUAAGAACACAAUGGAGAAACUCAGUGCCUCUAGAGGAGGAAUUCACAAUGGAAGGUGGGCUCUUUGUAGAGGCAUCAAGUCUAUAUUUAUCUUCACAAUUUUCCUAUUAGUUCUUUUGGAUUCUCUUAUGUUGUUGGUUCAUCGCCUUGUUUUGUCCACACAAGAAUCUUCUCAGGAAAAGAAAAGUUUUCAUCUGCACGAAAAAGAUGAAAUGGGCCCAGUUACGAUGAAUGAUCGACUCCUAGACCUGGCUGCCAAUUCUCUAGCACAGGGUGGAGGCAAGGGGAGGAUGGUGAGGGCCUCCUCAGUCGACUGUUCUACACGACAGCAGAGUUGUUUCGUGACCAACAGAAGCCAUGCCAACUGCUCCAGAGGUCUUCCAUGUUUCCCGCCCUCGCAUCCACUAGUCGGCGUCUGCCCUCGCAUCCACUAGUCGGCGUCCGCCCAACUCUCUGUGGUUGUCCUCUUCGCCGGUAAGCUUCGACGCCUGUCGCCAUUAUUCGGGUUUAGUCGUCGAAUCUAAGCUGCAAAAUUAAGCCUUACAUGAGGAAGAGAUAUGGAUCCUCGGAUGAAAUCAAGCCAUGGAUGAAACUAUGCGAAAGAAUUCAUGCCUUGUAGGGGAGGAUCUAUGUAAGGGCUUUGGUGGGAUGAAGCUCAGGCCCAACACAUCCCAUAUUUUCUAGAUUUGUUUCCGGUGCCAUGGCCCAUGGAGGAAUCUGCGCAAGAAGAAAGGACGAAGGGGAAAGAGAAAGAAUUGAAAGAGAAAAAGAAAAGAGGAAAAGGAUCAAAAAAGAAAAAAUGGGGGAAAGGUGAUGUGGGCUGCCACGUGUGCGUUGUUUCAGUCCACGCGUGUGCCACGUCAGUAGAAUGAUUUUAAGCAAGAUGAGAUGAAGCAAUUAUGGGAAGAGCCUUACUCUCAUGAAGCGUCCAAAUGGAAACCUUGUGCAUACAUACAAAGCCCAAAAGAUCUUGGGCCGCUGAAACACAACAAAUCCGGUUACAUAUUGGUCAGCGCAAAUGGAGGCUUAAAUCAACAAAGAGUUGCGGUGUGCAACGCGGUUGCCGUGGCAUCUUUACUUAACGCCACAUUGGUCAUACCCAAAUUUCUUUACAGCAAUGUUUGGAAAGACCGCAGCCAGUUUGAGGACAUAUAUCAAGAGGAGCAUUUCAUGCAAACACUCAAAGACGACAUAAAUAUCAUAAAAGAUCUUCCUCUCCACCUCAAACUACUUGACUUGGAAACAGCUAAAAGUGUAAUAACUGAUGCAGAUAUAUCCAAGGAAGCAAAAGCAGAAGAGUACUUGAGGACUGUACUGCCACUGCUCCAACGCAAUGGAGUUGUUCAUUUCCUUGGAUUUGGAAAUAGGCUUGGUUUUCACUCACUGCCCCCCCAAUUGCAGAGACUGAGGUGCAAAUGUAACUUCCAUGCCCUAAAGUUUGUACAUAAGAUUCAAGAAGCUGCAUCUCUACUGGUGACACGAAUAAGAAAACACACUGGCAGUAAGAGCAUGCUAGACAAGCAACUAUUGGGAGAAGUUAUAGCUAAUGAUCGCCCCGGGAUUGAGCUUAGAAAUACCAAGUACUUGGCUUUGCAUUUGAGGUUCGAAAUCGACAUGUUGGCUUACUCAAUGUGUGAAUUUGGUGGUGGUGAAAGUGAAACCAGGGCACUCAAAUCUUAUAGAGAAGCCCAUUUUCCUCUGCUUCUUGAAAGACUAAAGAAAUCAAGGGCCAUUUCUCCCAAGGAACUAAGAAGCAGGGGAAGAUGUCCAUUGACACCAGAAGAAGCAGCGCUUGUUCUUGCUAGCCUUGGUUUCAAGGGUGAAACUUACAUAUAUCUUGCUGGUUCAAAUAUUUACGGAGGCGAAUCUAGAAUGAAGCCUUUAACCAGCCUCUACCCCAAUCUAGUCACAAAAGAGAAUCUUCUAUCGCCUAGCGAACUUGCUCCUUUUCGAAACCAUUCUUCUCAGCUUGCAGCAUUGGAUUUCAUCGCAUGCGCAACUGCCGACGUAUUCGCCAUAACUGACUCAGGAAGCCAGUUUUCAUCUCUCGUUUCUGGGUUCAGAACAUACUACGGAAGCGGGCACGCUCCGACGUUGAGGCCAAGCAAGAAGAGACUAGCUGCCAUUUUGUUGGAAAACAAGACCAUUGACUGGAGCACCUUUACGGAACGAAUACGACGAAUGAUUGAUGAAGGCCAAACACUGGUUGGCCUUGCUCAAAGCAGCAGCA